AUGCAACCGCACGUCAAACAAACAGCCUCGACUCGAGCCCUCGUGCUCCCCGAGAUCGUGACAUCAAUCAUGCACCAAAUGGACAUGCGCACACUAAUCACUACCCAACGGGUAUGUCGAGCAUGGUCAAAUCUCAUCCAGACCUCACAUUCAUUACAAAAAGCCCUCUUCCUGGUCCCAGAUCAUACAUCCAAGGACCCAAGCAACCCUCGCAUCUACAACCCCCUCCUCGCAGAAACAUUCCCCUCAUUCUUCCCCUCCACCAUCGACAACGAUUCAAUCCCAAAAACAACCCUCACAACCCUCCCAUUCACCUCCAAUCACAAAACCCUCAAAACACACCUCCGCCCCGAAGCAAGCUGGCGCCACAUGUUAACAACCCAACCCCCACUCCACACAAUCGGCCGCUUCAUCAUGGGCAGCGGAAUGAUGGGACAAACCUGGCACCAACAAAAAGCCUUACCCCAAAAGAACGGACUCCGCAUGGGAACACUAUUUGAAAUGAUAAUCCAAUUAGAUCGAUAUAUGUGGAAUAACUGCGAGAUAUGGAUUAGUCUUGGUGGUGCCGUGCCAGUGAAUGCACCCGCGGAAAUGAAGAAGCCGUCUAUCUACCUUGAUGUUGAUAGGAUUAAUUCGGAUUGGGAAGGGAUGCUGAGAGAGACGGACCUUGUGCUUGUCACGGGGGGGCAUGUGGAUUGUACGGAUCCUGAGGGGCCGGAGGAUCCGGAGUGGGUGAAGAGUGAGGAUGAGCUUGUUUGGGAGGAGAUUUGUGCUUGUCAUGAGGAGUUGGGGAUAACGAUGGAUGAUUUGCCGAUGGAAAAGUAUAAUGAGGGAUGGGCGGGUUGGAACUAG